UUUUAGUGACCGUAAAAUGGAAACUAUGGAAAACAGAAUCAUUUUAGAAGAGUUGCUGAUGAAGAAGUCUCAGCAAAAGAAAAAAAUAUCUCCAAAUAAUUACAAAGAACGACUCUUUGUUCUUACGAAAACAAGCCUUUCCUACUAUGAAUAUGACAAAGAGAAAAAAGGAACCAGAAAAGGGUCAAUUGACAUUAAGAAAAUUCGAUGUGCGGAGGAAGUGCAUCUAGAUGAAGCAGCCCCUCCGGAAAGGCAGUAUCCCUUCCAGAUUGUGUACAAAGGUGGCCUUCUGUAUGUUUUCUCUGCAAACGAAGAGAGCCGGAGCCGAUGGCUGGAAGCUUUGCAUAAAGAGAUUCUGGGCAAUACAGAUUUACUAAACAAGUACCACAGCAGAUUCUAUUCCAAUGGGAAGUUCCUGUGCUGCAAUCAAACCUGCAAAGCGGCUCCCGGAUGCAUAAUCUGGGGAAAGUAUUACAGUCUUCACAGUGCAAGCAGUGCAGUGAAACCGCUUCCACCGGUACCAGGAGCACAGAACGACGAGUACGACCAUCAACCUCCAGGUCAAACAUUCGACAAGUCAUUUCUGAAAGAAGCAGUAGCUAUUUAUAAUUAUGAGCCAAAAGGAAACUCUGAUGUUCCUCUUGUGAAAAACAAUAAAUAUUAUGUUAUGGAUGAUGAGGCUCCUGAUUGGUGGCUAGUGAAGGAUUUGGACGGAAAUGAGGGCUUUGCACCCCGUGCCUAUUUGAAGGAGGUAUCCCAGGCCACUGAAAAACCGGGAAGAAGCGUCGAUAAAGCUAAAGCGUCAUCAACUGAAGAGGAGGAAAGCAUUGCUAAUAAUGAUUGGUAUGCUGGUAGACUCUCAAGGGCCCAGGCAGAACAACUCCUGCAGCAGAAGGGGAAGGAUGGGGCUUUCAUGGUUCGUAAUUCCAGCCAUGCGGGGAAAUAUACCGUAUCUGUACUCAGCAUGACUUUCAGAGAUAAAAAAGGUAUCGUUAAACACUACCAUGUCAAUGUAAACAACAAAAAACAGUUUUACCUGGCUGAGAAUUACUGUUUUGAUUCAGUUCCUGAACUUAUUCAUUAUCAUCAGCACAAUUCAGCAGGUAUAGUUACAAGACUUCGACAUGCAGUGUCCACGAAGGCAAACAAAGUUCCAUCCACAGCACCUUUGGGAAAAGGCUCCUGGGAGCUAAAGCGUGAAGAUAUUGUCUUGCUGAAGGAAAUAGGGAGUGGUCAGUUUGGAGUGGUGCAGGUGGGAAAAUGGAAAAGAAAAUACAACGUUGCUGUUAAAAUGAUCAAGGAAGGAUCAAUGUCUGAAGAUGAAUUCUUGGAAGAAGCUGAAACCAUGAUGAAACUGAACCACCCCAAACUUGUUAAAUUGUAUGGUGUUUGCACAAAGAUCUAUCCCAUCUACAUAGUAGCUGAAUACAUGGCUAAUGGCUGCUUGCUUAGUUACUUAAAAGCCCAUGGCAAAGAGCUACAUCCCUUUCAACUGGUGGAGAUGUGCUAUCAUGUUUGUGAAGCAAUGGCUUUCCUUGAAAAACAUCAGUUCAUACACCGAGAUUUGGCUGCUAGAAAUUGCCUGGUUGAUACUGAUCUUACAGUGAAGGUGUCCGACUUUGGAAUGACCAGAUAUGUGCUUGAUGACCAGUAUGUGAGUUCUUUAGGAACUAAAUUUCCCGUGAAGUGGUCAGCACCAGAGGUUUUUCAUUAUACCAAGUUCAGCAGCAAAUCAGACGUGUGGGCCUUUGGAAUUUUAAUGUGGGAGGUGUUCACUCUGGGGAAACAACCCUAUGAGCAGUAUGACAAUAUGCAAGUGAUCGAAAAGAUUUGCCUUGGCUAUCGGCUUUAUCGCCCUCAGUUGGCUUCCCAGGCAAUCUAUCAAAUAAUGUACAGCUGCUGGAAUGAGCUGCCUGAAAAACGUCCCACAUUUUGCCAUCUGCUUUCUCUCAUUGAACCACACAGAGAAGAAGACAAGCACUGAAGAAUUGUCCAGCCUUUUCUUUUGUGAGCCCUUGCGCUAAUGCCAUCUCUAAAAUCUGGUUUGGAAACUCUUACCCCAAUGAUUUAUUAAACCAGUGAAACGGCUAAAAGAUGAAUAAAAGAAAUGA